GAGGAGGAGGAGGAGGAGGAGGAGAGAGACGGUUAUCCGAGAAUGCUCAACACACACCGGGAUUAAAGAACCGGGAGAGCGGGAGAGACCCGGAGCAGACAGGGGCGAGGAAACAUGAAGACACCACGCUGUGCAGCCGUGGCGGGAGUUUAUUAUUACCAGAGGUGAAGCGGAAAAAGAUGAGCGAGGACACGCGCCCAGACGAUGACAGCUACAUAGUGCGCGUCAAAGCGGUGGUGAUGACCAGGGACGACUCGAGCGGCGGCUGGCUGGCGCAGGACGGCUGCCUGAGCAGAGUGGGCGUGUGCAGGCUGCUGCCGAGCGAGCUGCUGGGACGCAACACCUUCCUCAUCCACGGAGAGCGGCUCAAAGACAAGCAGGUGAUUCUGGAGUGUUUUCUAAAGAAAGAUCUGGUCUACACAAAGGCCACGCCCACAUUCCACCACUGGAAGGUGGACAACAAAAAGUGUGGUCUGACCUUCCAGAGCCCGGCCGACGCCCGAGCCUUUGACCGCGGCGUGAGGAAGGCCCUGGAGGACCUGACAGAAGGUUCGACCACGUCCUCGUCCACGCUGCAGAACGAAGCAGAGCUCGGCGACGAUGACGUCUUCACGACCGCCACCGAUAGCUCGUCCAACUCGUCCCAGAAGAGAGAGCCGGCAAUGCACGCACUAGCCCCGCCCACCUUCUGCGAGGCCCGCCGGCACCACUGCAUCCUGGGACAUUUCUACGAGCAGCACCGGCCCUCGGAUCACUACUUCCUCGACCAGGCGGUGCACAUGUUUCCUCGACACGUCAGCUUCCAGGUGGAGGAGGAGGAGAUCGUGAGGAUCAACCCCCGCGAGCGGACCUGGCUCACCGGCUACGAGGACUAUCGCCACGACAAGCUCACUCAGCCUGACAACCCCAACGCCUAUGUGCACUUCACCAAGAGCGAGCCGCCCAAACACGACUACACCUACCCGUACCCGCUGAGCUGCGAAGUGCAGCGAGGCUGCGACGGGAAGCCGGGCUGCUUGGAGCUGGGCGGCGGCCGCAGAGCGGUGGUGACGGUGCAGCCGCGAGCUCUGCAGCCUAAAGGCAAACGGCGGAAGGAGGAUGGCGAGCGCUCGCGCUGCGUUUACUGUCAGGACAUGUUCAACCACGAGGACAAUGGGCGGGGCCGCUGCCAGGAAGCACCCGACCCCAUCCAGACCUGCAUCCGGCGGGUCAGCUUCAUGUGGUGCGCGGACAGCCUGCUGUACCACUGCAUGUCGGACCCGGAGGGCGAUUACUCGGACCCGUGUUCCUGCGACACCAGCGACGAGCGCUUCUGUCUGCGCUGGACGGCGCUGGUGGGGCUGUCGCUGCUGGCGCCCUGCAUGUGCUGCUACGCCCCCCUCAGGGCGUGUUACCGCUGCGGCGUGGCCUGCCACUGCUGCGGUGGGAAACACAAAGCUGUGGGCUGAGGCGUCACAGGCCCCGCCCCCUCACACAGACAGCAAGGACUCAUGGGAGGAGCCGGAGGAGAUUUCUACGUUGUUUUGUCGUCAUUUGUCUCGUCUCCAAUUUCCAGAAGGAGGAAAAAUGUUCCUGUUGUUUUUUGUUUUUUGUGACGUUGGAGACGAAACGGCUUCAACUGUCACGACGACUGAACAAAGAAUAUUCAUUUAUAUAUAAAAUUCUAUAGAUAUAAAUAUAAAUAUAUAUAUAAAACAGGUACUUUAUAUUUUUACACUCAUGUGUUUUAAAGGUGAAGAAGUAGAAGAGACGUGUGUGAAUGUUGUCGAGCUGCAGAACGUUUCACACUCAACGGAUUUUAAUCACGAGGUUUGAUCAGUUUUAAAAAUUAAUUUACAGAAAUAUUCAACGUCUCACACACACACACACACACACACACACACACACACACACACACACACACACACACACACACACACACACACACACACACACACACACACACACACACACACACACACACACACACACACA